AAGGAAACCCUCUUGCGUACUCGAUCGAACUCAUGGCGGCGUCCGCCAUCCCCGCGAAGCCCUACGCCUCCGACGCCCCGCCGAGCUUCCCGGCCGUGCGCCACGACGCCCUCCUCCCGCCUGCCGUAGCCGACGAAGACGAUGACCUCUACGGCCGCCUCAAGUCCCUCCAGCGCCAGCUCGAGUUCAUCGACAUCCAGGAGGAGUACGUCAAGGAUGAGCUCAAGAACCUCAAGCGCGAGCACCUCCGCGCCCAGGAGGAGGUCAAGCGGAUCCAGUCCGUCCCCCUCGUCAUCGGCCAGUUCAUGGAGAUGGUCGAUCAGAACAACGGCAUCGUCGGAUCCACCACCGGAUCGAAUUACUAUGUCCGGAUCCUGAGCACCAUUAAUCGGGAGCUCCUCAAGCCCUCAUCCUCUGUCGCACUUCAUCGUCACUCCAAUGCGCUCGUCGAUGUGCUGCCCCCUGAGGCCGAUUCAAGCAUCUCUCUCCUUAGCCAGUCAGAGAAACCCGAUGUCACCUACACUGAUAUUGGGGGUUGUGAUAUUCAAAAGCAGGAAAUUCGUGAAGCUGUUGAAUUACCUUUGACACAUCAUGAGCUGUACAAACAAAUUGGUAUAGAUCCACCAAGAGGGGUUCUUCUCUAUGGUCCUCCUGGUACGGGUAAAACCAUGCUAGCGAAGGCUGUGGCUCAUCAUACAACUGCUGCUUUUAUAAGAGUUGUUGGGUCUGAAUUUGUUCAGAAGUAUUUGGGUGAGGGCCCCAGAAUGGUGCGGGAUGUUUUUCGUCUUGCAAAAGAAAAUGCACCUGCAAUUAUAUUUAUUGAUGAGGUCGAUGCUAUUGCUACUGCACGUUUUGAUGCACAAACUGGAGCUGACAGGGAAGUUCAGCGUAUCCUGAUGGAACUCUUGAAUCAGAUGGAUGGGUUUGAUCAAACAGUGAAUGUAAAGGUUAUAAUGGCAACUAAUCGAGCUGACACUCUGGACCCUGCUCUUCUCCGUCCGGGUAGGCUUGAUCGUAAGAUUGAAUUCCCUUUGCCUGACAGACGGCAAAAGAGACUGGUUUUCCAAGUAUGCACUGCAAAAAUGAAUCUCAGUGAUGAGGUUGACUUGGAAGAUUAUGUUUCCCGGCCAGAUAAAAUAAGUGCAGCUGAGAUUGCUGCCAUUUGCCAGGAAGCAGGGAUGCAUGCUGUUCGAAAGAAUCGAUAUGUGAUUCUUCCCAAGGACUUCGAGAAAGGUUACCGCUCCAAUGUGAAGAAACCAGACACAGAUUUCGACUUCUACAAAUAAAACUAACACAGAAGGAUGGAUGUCUAUUUUCUGAUUUCUGAUUUCUUUGUAGACCCGAUAACAAUGCUAUUGAUAUCACUGCAUCUCUUCAAAGUAAUUUGGGAACAUUGUUCUUCCAUGUUAAGCUUAUCUGUAAUUUAGAUGUAAGAUCACAGAUGCUUGUGUUGAUCUUUUUUGCAAUUGAAACAUUAUACAGUUGCAGCACUGAAAAUUUAGGUUUCA